AUCUUGAUCGUGGUAAUGGCUCCAUGGCGGUCACAUGUCAAAUUGUGCUCUAAAUAUGUGCCAUUUAUCCCAGUCAAUUAUAUCCGAUUGUUUUUCAAGAUAAAGUCAGGUGACUUAGAGCCCAGGAUCACCCAGUCGGGAACUGGGGGCGUGAUUCAGAAGGGCCAGCCAUCGGGAGCGGCUCUCUGGCCCAGGAAAGUGCUGGAAGGCCCCGAGCUGCGCGCGGCCGCCGUUAAUCAUUACCAGUGGGCGGCCCGAGCGCGGCUCCGCCCCGGGGCAGCCUCCAGAGCGCCCCGCGCGCUCGCCGUGCCUCCGCCACCUGCUGCCCGCCCGGCCACCUGCCCGCGCGCCGCGCCCGACAUGGCUGGCAAAGCACACAGGCUAAGUGCUGAGGAGAGAGACCAGCUGCUGCCAAACCUGAGGGCUGUGGGGUGGAAUGAGAUGGAAGGCCGAGACGCCAUCUUCAAGCAGUUCCAUUUCAAAGACUUCAAUAGGGCUUUUGGCUUCAUGACCAGAGUGGCCCUGCAGGCAGAGAAGCUGGACCACCAUCCUGAGUGGUUUAACAUGUACAACAAGGUGCACAUCACCCUGAGCACCCAUGAAUGUGCGGGCCUUUCAGAACGGGACAUAAAUCUGGCCAGCUUCAUCGAACAAGUAGCAGUGUCCAUGACAUAGACCCUGCCCUUCUUUGCAUUCUUCAGGGGAAGGGCGGGUGACUGAACUGGGAAUCCAGGUAGGGAGCCCUUGGUCCCUGAGACUGCUGAAGUCGUCCCUCCUGUGUCCACCCUUCUUGCCUCCAUGUAGGGGCAGAGUCCAUGUUGUGGGAAGAUGGCAGCGUCACUGCCAACACCAGGAACUGAGCCCCUUCCCCUCUGCCACUCUUCAUCCUUGGGCUAUUACAUUAGAGUGAGCCCUUCCUUUCCUGGCAGGUUCCCAACAACAAUAGUGAUUUGCUUCCCAGGAUGUGUCUUGAUCCCAAAUCCGUUUCCCAAGCAGCUGUGACACAGGGUGAAAUAAAAUCCUAUCUUAGGAAA